AUGUCCACAACAACCGUAACUACGUCAACAAAAUCCUCCACAUCAUCAAAGUCUACAACAACCGUAACUACUUCAAGCAUGUCUUCCACUUCAUCAAAGUCUACAACAACGACAACUUCUGCUUCUACCACUUCUUCAAAAACAACGACUUCUUUUACUACGACUUCUCCAAAAACGACGAUUUUUCUUUUAACAUCACCAACAAUAGCUACUCCACUAGCGCUCCCAGCUCAAGUGGAAGCACAAUAUUGGUGGUAUUGGUUUUGUUGGUGGUAUCCAUCAUGUAUCGUUUGUUUGGAUUGUACGUAUGCAUUGAACUUCUGA